AUGCAAAGCUUUCCUGCGGCAGCUGCGUCUCAUGUUGCCGCGGUCAACUCCGCGGUAGCGCGCGGCGCCGCGGCGUCCUCCGUCGUUGAUCCUUCAACGGUAAGCGAGUUCGAAGCGUGCUGCCGCGCCCUCAGUCAGAAAGUCAAUAAGGCUGUUGUGGAGCAACUCCCAGUGCUACAGAAUGGCACCGUUGUGGACCUGUCACACAACUACGUUGGCGCCGCCGGGUUGCAAGCGAUCGCGGUCAUUCUUCAGCACAACCCAAAUGUAACCGAGGUACGGGCACCGCGCAACGGCCUCACGAACGACGCAGUCGUGCUCUUCUGUCGCGCUAUGCGAGGGCACCAGCAGCUGUUCGCGUUGGACUUGUCCGACAACCCGGACGUUUCGUUGGCUGGCGGGCUUGCCCUUGUGAACUUGGCACAGCAGACACCGUCCCUGCGUGUGGUGAAGUUGAACGGCACACAUGUACUUGCAGCGGUGCUCGAUAAGUUGACGCGCGCUCUCGAUUACAAUGCGUCGCACCACGGCACCACCUCGCCCAGCGUUGUCGCCGCACUGCCGACCGCAGCUGUGGUUGCCUCAUCGUCGACGUCGCCAUCAAGCGCUGCUGUGGGGAUGUCUGACGAGGCACAGACACUGCAGACUCUUCGCGCACGCGUGGAGGUGGCACUGGAGGAGGGCUAUCUAAUUCCGCCAGCAUCCCCGCAAACAGGCUGGCGUGUUCUCGAUGUGCCCAUUCUGGCACCCCCGCUGCUGUUCGACAACGAAGUGCGUCUGUUGUGCAACGAGGUGUUCCCGCGACUCAACCAGGAGUUCGCCUCGCACCGUCUUAUUCUCUGCCCUGUCGUUGUCGGCGGCGGUGCAGGGGCCGUCAAAGAUGAUGACAAGGCCAGUGAUAGCGCGGUGUGCCUGCGGCCUCACCGCACAGCCGGGGCGUACAACCGUGCGCUACACUUCCGCCCAGCCAGUGACGUUACCUCCAUCGUUGAGCGCGGCCGGUUUGUGACGAUCGAGCUCGUAGGCGACCUCCCCGGCGACUACGCGCAACUCGUGGCGAGUGCUAUGCUGAGGUUGCAGGGGAUCCCGCAGUCUGCCCCCCAACGCGUAGAAAGCCAUGACGACGAAGAGCCUGAGGAGGCCGCCGCACCGCUUCAGCCGGUGCUGUACGAAGCGCACGAAGCCGCGCUGCGCUACACUCGAUGGCUCCUCGUGGCGACGCGGCGCGACACGCGGACGCUUAAGGUGCCUGCCGCGCUAGCACCGCUGCUCACCGCCGACCCGAUCAUCGCACACCCAGACCGACACCGGAGCAUCGUGCGCGCAAUUUUCAUCGGCGACGAGACCCCGUCCCCGAGUGUUGUGGGGCCAGUGAAGGUAGGUGAAGGCAGCAGAAUCGGGGCAACAUCGGCAUCCGCUGCCAUUCCCACCUCGCUCGAGUGGGACUACGCAACGGAAGAAUACCAGUGGAGGCGACAUGUGGACUGGCGGGAGCAUGUUGUGGCCACGGCGCCAGUGGCGGAGCUCGUCAUUCCACAGUACACGGCUACCUUUGACUGUAUAGACGCACAGGGUGGCGUGCGACUGAAGCACCUCGACGGGUUCCAGAUGGCCGUGUAUGCUCGACUCCGCACCGUUUUGGAGGCCUGCGUCGCCGCUGAGGCGAGUAAGCGUGAAGCCAGGGAGGCAACCGAGUUGGAUGCAGGGUCAAAGUCACUGAGCCGACUGCUGCGGAACAUCGGAACGCAACGGGCGUGGGACACAACGUACUUACAGGCCCUGGCCGCUACCAGUAGCGGCGCGGCGAAGAAGAACCUCAUGAACCGCAUGAUACUCUACGCUGCGAACCCGCCUAGCCGCAACAUGCUGGUUUUGCACGGCACCGACGCCGCCUCGCUCGAGAGUCUCAUGGCGCGCGGCGCCGCCCGGCUGCAGACGCUUCAGCACGUGUACACGUUGGCCGUCUACACGGUACGCUCAGCUCUUUUGCAUGAGGAGCCGACAGAGCUUCGCAGCGUUGUGACCCACGUUGUGUCUCAACUGACGAAGGAUGCGGCGGUGCUGCGCUACGUGAAUGCAGAGGUCGACAUAGAGCGCUUGAGCGCGUUCUUCCUGCAGGUCAUAUCUGGCUCUGUGCCUAGUAACAACGUCGGCAGGCCGGCGCAUGCCAACGGUGCGAAGACAGCAGCUGCCACGGCCAUGGGCGAGGCAGGACUGCCAGGGUACGUGGCCCAGUACACCUUGAGUACCGACGAGGAAGCCAGCGCUGGCAACACGGCCUCCACCCACGCCUUUGUCGUCCUGCUGGACGGCUUGGAAGAUUUGGCGAUGCCGGUGCAGCCAUGUGGUGCCCUUGUGCACCCGCCACGGAGCAGCGGCAACAUUGCUGAUGGCGGCGGUGCCGAGCCAUCCAGCUGGUCGACAGAGAGGACCGCUCAGAUGCCUUUUUCGGCGGCCCCGUCAAGUGUGACGUCGAAGACUCAGCCGAAGCCACGGAGAACGCCAAUCGACUGGCUGCUGCCUCGUGCCCUGGCUCGCUACGUCCGCCUCAUCGCCAGCUGUGCGUCGAAAAGCGCUGCCUUUUCAUCUUUUUCUCACCUUGGUCGGGAUAGUGCGGACAUGCUUAGCUUCGGGGCGGUGUCGACGAACGAGGUGGAGCAGUACCUGUCCCCGGCUUCCCUCGCGCGCGUCGGCCUUGUCUUGUCAGAUGACGAAUACGAGUGCGCUCGCAGCAAGCGCGAUGCCCCGAUGGGGGAGUACAUGAACUACCUGCUAGAUGCCGCACGCAGCGUGCAUGAGGCACCUGGUUUUCUGACGCAGAUACAAGUGAUUCAGACGUUCCCGGAGACCCUCCAGGAGGCCGCGCAGGGCGUGUACGAUCGCCUCGUGCACACGUUUGGCCUCCCCCUCACCCGCCAUGUUCUGGGGUUGCUGAUGGCGUCCCGGUGGGGCCUGUUGCUGCCAGAGCUGCGCGACCUCUUGCCUAGUUUGUCCAUGUGCCGACUGCAGGAGCUGCUGCGGUUGCUGCGGCCCGCCCUCGAGCAGGAGGCACCGGGUGCGGCAGCGGAGAUGAUGGGCGUUGGCAGCGGCAACGUGCUGCUUGGUGCUGUACGCCUAACUGCCCCGUCGUUCCUCGAGGUGGUGCAGCGAGAGUCCCUUCAGCAAGUUUCGGAUGAGGUGCAGGCCGAGAAUGAUCAGCGCGUCUGGCAUACGCAACUGGCACAGUACUAUCUCUCUAUCGUGUAUCGAUGGCUGCAACCUGGCACAGCGGUGGAUGCGGCCCCCACCAAGGUGCGUCGCGUGAACGACGCGUCGGCUGCUGAGGCGUACGUUCGCCCUGAAACGCAGGCGCUGCAUCGACGCGCCAUGAAGGAGGUGAUUUACCACAUGACGCAGAGCGGCGACUUCUGGUCGAGGAUGGAUGUGACGAUCUUGUCUGUGCCUUUCAUGGAGCAGGUGUACGAGUCCGAGCUGGGCUACGCAUACCUGCGCGACCUAACAGCGGCCUUCAACGAGCGCUACCAGCGCCACCUCCUUGGCGAGGACAUCGGGGAGCCAUCGUGGCAGAAGCAUCAGCUCGCCCGUGAAAACGGCGGAGGUGAGAUCACCGCAAUGGCAGCAGACGAUGCACAGGCGAGCGGCACUCCCAGGUCGGCGGAGUCGAGCCUCUACGCCCUUCCUGCAGUGCUGAUUCGCAUGCGCGACUAUAUCUGCUUCGCCCACCAGUACGGCCUGCUUCUUUCCCUGCAUCCAACCCUCGUGGCGCAAGUCGCGUUGCAGAUCCCGGCGAGCCUCCUCAACGCUGUCCAUCGUGAUGCCGUCACGUACCUCUGCCGUCAGCUGCAGGACAACGGCGGAUUUGUGGAGAGCAGGGCAUCUCUGUCGCGUGUCUUCUUCGCCAUGACGGCCGCGGAGGCUAAAACAGAAGGGAAGCAGCCGACUCAUCUGCGCCCCAUCACGUGCGCCGCCUUCCUGCCGAAUCGACUCUUCGUGGUGACGGCUAGCAGCGAUCGCUCGUUGGCGUGGGUGAAUCCAGAGAGCGGAAAGGUGGCGUGGUAUGCCCGGCAACCGACGGCAGCGGUGGAGUCGCUCACGGUGUGCCGCACCAGCGCUUACGUUGCUGCCGUGUCGGAGGAUCGCACGGUGUGGGUGUACGACGGCCUGCAGGGCACUCUCGUUUCGCAGUGCCGCGGAAGCAAGUGGUUUGAUGCCCCCAUCGCGUCCCUCACAUUCUCGGCUAGGGGUCGCUAUCUCUGGGUCGUGACAACGGACGCGCGCGUGCGCUGCUUUGCCUGCGAGUCUGGCCAGCUGCGGUGCUCGAUGAGCCUGUCGAAGCUGCUGCAGGUGCGUGUCGAUGAGUCAGCGUCGAACGGGGAGGCGAUGCAGCUGGUGGGUGCCGGGGUUACCGCGGCAGAGGAGGGGAUGCCCCUCGUCUCUGGUGAGUGGCGCCAUCGCCGCCACUAUCUGCACGUGCUCGUAGACGCCGAGGACGACGAGGUGUGCACGACGGUCGUGGCAACGGAGCUGCGACAGUGGCGUCUUCGUCCGUGGGAUGAGCCAGUACCGACGGCAGGGGAAGACAGCCGACCAGCACACCAGAGCACAACCCUCAUUGCGUAUGAGAUGACAAUGAGCUGCUCUCUUAGCAAGGCGCCGGCAAGUGCCUCGGAUGGGCCGUUAGGGUAUAAACUCAUGAAGCUAUGGGAGUCAGCUAACGUGCAGUCGCCCGACAUGUGUAUUCUGGCGGUGCCACACGCCGAACCCGAGGUGCAGCUAUUCACGCUGGAAUACACCAGUGGCACUCCACGGCUGGUGGUUCGGUUCCCGCUUGCCGUAUCUUCGUGCAGCAACUCAGGCGCGGCUCCAGCGGCACAGGAAGUCUCCGUGAUGUGCACGUCGCCGGACGGUCGAUGGGUCGCCGCCGGGUUGAUUGGCGGCGCUGUGAGCCUCUUCUGCAUCGGCGCCGCAUAUCACGCGUGGCAACAGCAGCAGACGGGGGAAGCCCUGGUUUGCAGGCCGACGUGCGUCUACACGAGUCUGAUGCCGACACCAGGUAUGUCGGCAACUCCGCUGCGCUCUCUUAUGUUUCACCGCGAUGGCCAUUUUUUGUUUGCACUUGGCAAUUGCCUUGUCUGCUGGCGCCUGCCCGACGCCGCCUCUGUGCCGCGCCGGGCCAACGCAGCGGAGGUCGUGCGCAGCACCGCUGAUGGCCAGUACUUGUGUUCACACACACCGACAUGCCUUGCCGUGCUGCCGCCACCGACACCAUGCAAGAGCGACGCGGAGCUGCCUAGAAACGUCGCUGAAGUGGCCGUCGGCGAUGAGGCCGGCCGCGUGACUCUACUCACGUUGUGGCGGCAGCUCAUCUAG